AUGACGACGACCGAUGAAGAUGAGAUUGUAUUUGGAAGUAGUAUUGGAGAUCUUAAGAAUCCUUUGAACUUCACGAUUGAGAGAGGAGGAGGAAUAUCUAUUACGAUAGAGGCCUGGGAAGAUGACACCUUUUGGCAUCCUGACAUGGGAUUCAUAAACAAAUCCUAUACUAAUAUCACGGGGGCUGGUUCAGCGGCUGUCCGGAGAAACGAAACGUUACAGGGAGGAACCUCAUGCAAAACAUCAUCAAAUGGAAAUGACAACACCAUAAAGAAAAAAACACGCGUGGACAACAAUGCUGUUUCAUCAGCGAAUGACGCCAUCAGAACGAAUUCUGCCAGUACGAAUGCUCACACAAAUGACGCCAACGAUAAAAUUUCCUCAGCAAAUGACGUCAUCGGUACGAAUGCUCACACAAAUGACGUCAACGAUACAAUUUCCUCAGCAAAUGACGUCAUCAGUACGAAUGCUCACACAAAUGACGUCAAUGAAACAAUUUCCUCAGCAAAUGACGUCAUCAGUACGAAUGCUCACACAAAUAAGGUCAAGGAUAUGAUUUCCUCUGCAAAUGACAUCAUCGGUAUGAAUGCUCACACAAAUAAGGUCAAGGAUAUGAUUUCCUCAGCAAAUGACGUCAUCAGUACGAAUGCUCACACAAAUGACGUCAAUGAUACAAUUUCCUCAGCAAAUGACGUCAUCAGUACGAAUGCUCACACAAAUGAUGUCAAUGAUACAAUUUCCUCAGCAAAUGACGUCAUCAGUACGAAUGCUCACACAAAUGAUGUCAAUGAUACAAUUUCCUCAGCAAAUGACGUCAUCAGUACGAAUGCUCACACAAAUAAGGUCAAGGAUAUGAUUUCCUCUGCAAAUGACGUCAUCGGUACGAAUGCUCACACAAAUAAGGUCAAGGAUAUGAUUUCCUCAGCAAAUGACGUCAUCAGUACGAAUGCUCACACAAAUGACGUCAAUGAUACAAUUUCCUCAGCAAAUGACGUCAUCAGUACGAAUGCUCACACAAAUAAGGUCAAGGAUAUGAUUUCCUCUGCUAAUGACGUCAUCGGUACGAAUGCUCACACAAAUGACAUCAACAAUGCACUUUCCACAACCAAUGACGACAUCAGUUACAUAACUACAACUAUUAACGUCAGCGACAUCAUGAUCAAAAGAAAGGAUUUCAGUGGAUAUUUACGUUCAACUGGAGCACAGUUUACCACUGUAACGAAUACUCUACCACCACACUCCUCCUCAACAGGAAGUAAAGCCAAGAAGGGUUUGGAUAUGACUAUCGUGGCAGUGGUUAUAGGGAUUGUGGCGUUAUUCAUCACGGCGUUAGUUAUUUGUCAAGUAAUAAGAAAUUGUAAAUAUGGGAAAGGAAAGACAAGGAUUUACGACAACACUGACCAGAUUACAUUUGGUAACAGCGUAGGUGGACUAAGCAACCCACUCACCUUUAUCAUUGAGAUCCUUAUUGUUAGUGCUAACAGCGACUGUACUAACAAUGUAUUUGAACAGAUCCUUAUUGUUAGUGCUAACAGCGACUGUACUAACAACUUAUUGGACCAGAAAGGAGUAUCUAUCGGUAUAGUUGGCUAUGAUGAUGAUGAUACUUGGUUAGAUACCACAGACGAUUUAAUGGGAACUAUACAAACAUCGUACACAGAUAUCCUGGGGAACGGAUCUAUAGCCACGCCAAACACCCAAACUCUGACUGGCGGCCAAAUCAGAGUGGACGUGAUACUGAGCUUUGCUUGUGAUGUGUUUUACUACGGAGACUGCACCAAGUACUGUCAGGACGUCCCCGGCCGUUAUACGUGCGACUCAAACGGAGAUAUAGUCUGUCUUCCAGCUUGGACUGGACCGCUGUGUGACAUCCGAACAGAUGACUGUUACAUCAAUAGCUGUAUGAACAAUGCCACGUGUGUCGAUGGUAACGCUUCCUAUAUGUGUGUAUGUGGACCACAGUAUACAGGAAUUCACUGCGAGACGCUUCAAUCCACAGUUAGAACAUCCGCUGUAACUACAACUCCGCUAACAACUCCCAAAACAACUACUAUCACAACUACAACUCCCAGAACAACCCCUAUCACAACUACAACUUCCAGAACAACUCCUAUCACAACUACAACUUCCAAAACAACUCCUAUCACAACUACAACUCCCAGAACAACUCCUAUCACAACUACAACUCACAGAACAACUCCUAUCACAACUACAACUCACAGAACAACUCCUAUCACAACUACAACUCCCAGAACAACUCCUAUCACAACUACAACUUCCAAAACAACUCCUAUCACAACUACAACUCACAGAACAACUCCUAUCACAACUACAAAUUCCAAAAUAACUCCUACUACAAAUACAACUUUCACAACAACUUAUACUACAACUGCAAUAUCUCUGAAUACAACGUCUGCUUCAGCGUCUCCCAUUUCAACUCCCAUGUUCACCACUUCUACACCCGUGACAAAUACCACAGUCAGUGCUACCACAAAGCCCGUCAAAGUAACAACGUCUACCAAAACCAUGACAACAAUCACCACUUCGGUCCUCAAUUCCACAGCUGCUCCUGCAAAACUUUCAACUUUUACAACCGUAAUUCCAAUUUCAGUCUCGGACAUCACUACAACCGUUACUAAAACUUCAGCUAAGACUACACCUGUAGACCCUUCUCCAACAACUUCUAGCACAUCGCCACCUGUUGGUAUGCGGAGUACAACACGCCCUUUGGUCGGAAAUAUAUUUACCGAGCCAAUGGAUAUGGCGAUCGUUGGUGGGGCAGUUGGCGGAGGUAUUGCAGUUUUCUCCACUGCUGCAGUGAUCGGAUUUUUCGUCCGAAAGAAAUGCAGAAAAGAUAAGACUUCUCCAGGAACAAACACAAGUCACUACGGAACACAUCAGAAUACGAAAUCUCAGAACGCCAUUCACGGCGCAUGGGCAUAA